AUGAAUCCAAUGCAAGGGCCAAGGAACACUGGUGGUUCAUCUACGGAAGUGAAUCAGACAGAUGGUGAUUCGGUUUAUAGCAGCGCAGAGACCUCUUUGAAUAACAUGAUGAAUCCAGUAGACAACGAGUUUCGAAACAAUAGUACCUCUUCACCUUAUGCAAGUUCAAGUUCUCAUGGUUCUCAACAUCAUAACUGGUGGAGGUUCGGGGAAUCCAGCUCUGUAUCAGGACCAUCGGAUCAUGUUAGUUCCAUUGGAAUGAAGACAAAUCAUCAGCUUCCGCAAGAUGUUGGUCAUCAGUUUGUUGGCUACGGAUCUGAGGGAAGGCAUUUAGGUUUGAAUGGUAUGAUGGUACAUGAAAGGGUUCAUCGUAACAGUCACAUCAGUAAUGGACCGUCUUACAUGCGUGGGUCAAGCUCUAAUGCUAGGCCACAGCGUGUAGAUAUGAGCAUGGAUAUGGACACCGAUUGUUAUGGUGCGCAGACUUCCGGGGUAGUUAUCCGUCAUAAUAGCGGUGGGAGCUCAUUAGGAAGCUCGAUUCCCGCCGCUGGGGAGAGUAGCAGUGGUCCAGCUUCUUCGUUGGGUGGUUGGGGCUCGUCUUGCAAAAGAAAGGCUCUUGAAGGAGCUCCUGACUACUUUGUUCAGACUGAGAAUGCAGGUUUUGCUCAGUAUGGUGCUUCAAGCAGCUUAAGUUUGGCUACACCUUCACAAAGUUCUCCAAAUGUUACUAAUCAUUUUGGCCGAACAGAGCAAAUGUUUGGCUCUUCUGGUGGUGGAAGAGCAGUUGCAACCAAUGCUAGAAACACUGACACCUUCUCUAGACCUGGCAGACGAUUGAAUCCAAGGCAGCCUCAGGAGUCUGUAGCAUUCACCGUUUCGCACGAUGGAAGUUCUAUGCGUCCCAGUGGUUCUUUGCAACAGAAUUUACCAUUAAACUCUUCUUUUGUAGAUCCUCAAGAUGUGAGAUUAACAUUAUUCCCUAGUGGUGAGAAUCAGACAAAUGUAGUCCACCUCCCUGCUUUGACUAGGAAUAUACACCAUUUUGCUUGGGGAUCUUCUUUCAGUUCGAGAGCCGGAAGUUCCUCAGGUGUUGGCAUGCCGGCAGAGCGAUCUGGACCACAAUGGGAAGCACCAAGAAGCAAUCCAGAGCAGCUAAUGUUUUCACCUGCAACUGUGCAUGAUCAAUCUAUGUGGAGUUUCAGUCGUGGGAACCCUGGUUCGUCUAUAGACUCUCCCUUUGUUCCUCGAGCAGGGCCAACGAGUUCAUCUGUUCAUGCGCAGCAGCCUAAUCCCGCGUGGAUUCCUCCUAUGACUGCUGCCUCGUUACAUAAUGCAUCGAGAACAACACCAGAACUUUCUCCUUGGUCUUUAUUUCCUAGUAUUGAAUCUCAAUCAGCUAGUCAUGGUGGCUCUCUUCCCUUGUUGCCAACAGGUCCUCCUUCUGUUUCCUCAAAUGAGGUGGCAAUGCCAUCUAGUUCUAGUAGUCGGAGCCAUCGCUCACGGCACAGAAGAUCAGGGCUGUUAUCAGAGAGACAGAAUGAUCAUCUCCAGUUGCGUCACUUGGGGAGAAGCUUGGCAGCUGACAGUGAUGGAAGGAAUCACCUCAUCUCCGAGAUACGUCAGGUGUUGACCGCCAUGAGAAGAGGAGAAAAUUUACGGAUUGAGGAUUACAUGGUGUUGGAUCCUCUUAUCUACCAGGGUAUGACUGAAAUGCAUGAUAGGCAUCGGGAAAUGCGCCUUGAUGUUGACAACAUGUCGUACGAGGAGCUGUUGGCACUUGGGGAACGCAUAGGAGAUGUGAGCACAGGGCUAAAAGAAGAGGUCAUUUUGAAAACAAUGAAACAGCACAAACAUACAUCUUCUUCUUCUUCUGCUGAGUUGCAUCAGGACAUAGAGCCUUGCUGUAUCUGUCAGGAAGUGUAUGCAGAAGGUGAUAAUCUUGGGACGUUGGAAUGUGGCCAUGAGUUCCACAAGGACUGCAUCAAGCAAUGGGUCAUGCUCAAGAAUCUCUGCCCCAUUUGUAAGACCGUCGCAUUAACCACCUGA